AUGCCCUAUCUUCCUGCCGAAAUGCAUGCAGUCUCGCAUUCCAUAUCUCAUCGCGGCCCAAGCGCGACGCGCGCUAGGGCCCGCUGGCAACCCUACGCUUCUACAAUCACGUUACCAUCCAAUAUCUCUCCGUCUCGUACUCCGAUCGCCUAUCUCAAUACUCCAGCUUCCUCUGUUAGCUCCUCACCGUCCACUGUUUACCUCGGUUCCGCAUGCGAUACCGAACGCCUCAAAACACUACCGUAUCCUCAACCUUCCCGAAUUCAAACGUCGCGUGAUCCACAGAGAGCCCGAUAUGUUACUGGCCUCGUCGAUCAGGCCGUCCGUUCGUUGUGCGACAUCUGGCAUCCCGACGAUAUACCACCCCCUUUCAGUCUCCCGUCAUGCACUCCCUCCAAUAAUGCCGAUGCCGCGUCAAUUUGCUUCAGUGGCUCAUCCCUUUGCAUUGGACGAAAUUUCCAACUUCCAUCUCCACCGGCGUCCCCUUCGACUCAAUCGUCCCCAGUGACAUUCAUUGCUAGCUCUUGUGAGACGGUUGCUUCACAAGUGACCAGUUGCACGAGUGUGAACCGACAUUUGCUCCCAAUCAAAGGUUUCGUGCAUGAAGUUUUGCGGCGCUCACGCACUUCAACUGGCGUACUUCAGACGGCUUUGUGUUACCUUGAAGCCGUUCGUAGCAAAGUGCCGGAGCUCAUUCGACAAGAGAAGGCGGGGAGCAUCGAGGUUGACGGCGCGGGCGAUCCGUUCGUUAACGAGUUGUGCGGACAAGAAGUCGCUGAUGCGUUACUAUCCGAGGACUACCCGAUCGCCACCAGAUGCGAGACUGAGGAUGAUAUAUUGAAUACUGUUCGCAUAUCCGACGAUGAACCUAACAGCUGUACCCUGACAUUCGUGCCUGGGGCGCAAUCGUCACCGAAGUUUGCAUCACGUUCCCCUCUGCCUCCUUUACCGCCGCUCCCUUCUCCUUUGCUAUGUCCCCGUCGCACUUUCCUCGCCUGUCUCAUCCUCGCAUCAAAAUUCAUGCAAGAUCGUUCUUACUCGAAUCGCGCCUGGGCCAAGCUCGCUGGAUUGCCUCCCCGCGAGAUUGGUCGUUGUGAACGUGCUCUAGGCGACGCGUUGGAGUGGAGAUUGUGGGUUGGGAAGAAUCUUCCUACCAAUUGCAGUCAUGAUGGGAGGAGUGUCGUACGGAGUCGAAGUGAUGGUCAUUUGCUUCCAGGGAUGGGUGCACCGCCGAAUAUUGUCUCAUGCGAAAGCACAAGUACUCUGUCAGUUCCUCGUUGUGGCCAGCUGGCCCAGCAUGCGAUUGAUGUCUCUGUGCCGUGGAUGAUGCAAGCGACGAAGACUCCAUCUACUAAACCCAUUCGACGUGCCGCUACGGUGCCUAAUUUCGGUGGUGGUGCUUCAAGAGCAGCUCUUGGUUCGGUGUCGCUUCUUUCUGAGUCGUACACAGUGUCCUCUGAAAUGGAAGAGCCCGGGGUUCUGUCAGAAGGUUCUCUGUUACCCAUGGAACCUGGAUGUCUCGGUGAGGAAGCUUCCGACAUUAUUCCGCCUACACCUGCCCUUUCCUACUCUCCCAUGUCAACGUCGUCAACUUCAUCAGACGGUGUCGACGACGCGGCGAUUCGGGCCAUAUCUCUCUUGGAUUAUCCGAUUAUAAUGCCAUCUGGGACUGCUACCUUGCAAGAUACAUGGAAUACUGUUGAUACGCCUGAUGUGAAUGUCGAUACCGACACAAAUUGCUUGGAACCGAAGACCGCGCAAUUCUAUGACUUCGCCUCUGUUGGACCCAGGUUGGCACCUUUCAACCCAGUGUUGGCUGGUGCGACGUCAUUUCAUCUUCCUCCCUUGUCGUAUGCUCUACUUAAUGGCCCGUAG